UGUGGAGCAGGGAGGCGGGGCGAGGUAGCUGAGAGUGGCCCCCUAGUGGGGCCAUGGAGAAGCAGGAAAGUGUGGGGGCUGCUGGCGGCCUCAAUGGAGAAUCCCCUGGUGGGGGUAUCAGGGGGGUGCCAGGAGGCAUCGGAGGAGUCGAGUCAGGCGCCAGGUUGCUCUCCGGAGUAACCAUGUUUCACGGUUCUGGGCCCCCCACGCACAAUGGGGGAACUAUAAUUCGCAGUCCUGAUUCUAGCCAGCCCUCCGGAGGGACAGCAGUCCUCGGUACCGGGCUCAACCAGCAUCCUGGGGAAGUCGCGGGCCACAGCUUUGGGUCCCGUACAAAACCUGACGGGUUUAAUUCCCCCUUCCCUGGAACCAGUGUAUCCGGGACGUUCAACCCGGGGUCCGGGGCGUCUGGGUUGUACAACUCGGCAAACAUUACGAUAUCAGAGUCAACUUGCGUGCGCCAAGACAGACCCUGUGAGGACCGGCCCCGGAGCAUCCUAAAAAACAGCAGCUCCAUCACGGUGCACAAAUCCCCCGGGGCGGAGAGGAGAAAGUCUCAGCACUGGGAUGAAAUGAAUAUCCUGGCGACCUACCACCCUGCUGACAAGAACUAUGGCUUUAUGAAGGUGGAUGAGCCCAGCACUCCCUUCCACAGGCUGCAAGACAGCGAUGAAGACCUGCUUGCCGGUACCUCUCACGCAAUGACUCCUGAGAAGUUAGCAGAGAGGUUUGCAGCAAUGGACAAUGUCUGCCCCAAAGUCCUGUACAGCGAUAACAGAAGCUCGGGGUCUUCAGACAGCUUUUCCAAGACACAAUCCAAUGAUUUUGAAAAGCGCCGCAAGGCACACUACAAUGAAGGGAAGUUCCUGAAACCUCAGAAAAACCCUCCCUUGGAUAACAGCAAGAACAGCAGUGUGGGUGGUGUGAGUAUGAGCAGUGGCAGUCGAAGUGCGUUGCUGGACUCAGAGCCCAGGCCUGUGGAAAGAGGUGGGGCAGGAAGAAUGACUGGAGGAGUCAAGGGCCAGAUUGGCCUAGUGGCCAGAAACCACAUCCUAGAAGCCAAAGGUGCCCUUAUGACUCAGAUUGAUUUGGGUGAUUCCUCAGCUUCCCCUGCCUUCAGAAAUCUGUCCCCAACUUCAUCCACCACUGUGGUGUUGGAGAAGGAAAUUGAUCUGCAGCGCAAGGAGUAUUACAGCAAAGGAAGAUACCUGAGGUGCUGGCCCCACCCUGAGCUUGAGGAGGACACAGAAGAUGAGCAGCAGAGCAGUGAGAGCCCCACAAACUUGAACUGGGUGAUCGAGAGUCCCAUGAGCACUGAGGUCCGUCUGCUGGACCACACGGGAAGCUCCUCCCAGGAUUUCCAGGCCACUGAGAGCUCCCGGAAGGUGAUAGUGACAUCAUCGAAGCUUGGUGAGGGCACCAGGCCACCAUCUCACCAGGCCUGGCUCUUGGCAAGCUCCCAUCUUCCCAACCCCCUACUCCCUUCAGGCCAGCAGAUCGGCAAAGGUGAUGAGAGAGGCCCUCCACAUUCUUGUGUGCAAUGUGGAUUGUAUGGAGAGGACCCAGGGAGGCUCAGAGGGAUGGGUACCGGCCCCCCAGCUUGGUACCACUGCUGCCCCCAUGCCUCCUCCCUGAUUCCUCUCUGCCACCUACCCCGCUCCAGGUACUGCCCGGUGCUCCAAAGAUAGUGGGUCCCAAGCAAUGUCUGACUGGUGUCAGUGGCUGGUAUCCAAGGGGCUGAACUGGCAAAGCAAGGAAGGCUCAGAGAGGGAACCUGGAAGUCA